GAGCCGCCGUCCUUUGUCGCCGCCAGGUGGCAGCAGUGUGUCGUAAUCUAUGCUUCAACCGUCGUAAAAAAAACCUCGAAGAGGAAAAAGGCGGAAGUUGGCAGAGACACGUCAAAGGGACCCCAACCGCAGACAAAGCGCAAAGACGGCCGUCGAGUUGGGGGGGAAAGGUUCAAAAUGUUGAGAGUGUUGGUCAGGGAGCGAUUAAUCGCCGCAGCUGAUGAAAUAAUUGGCCUUUUUGAAAGCACGAUGGCGUCGUACGAGGAGGAACUUUGUCGAACAAAAGAGGAGAACCAGCGGCAGCGACAACAACUGGAAGCUGUUUAUACGUGCCGACUGCACGUCAAGGAUGACCAGCAGCCGAUUGGUCGUCCAGAGGGAAGUCCCCCUCCUACGCAGAGAGGGAGCUCGGCUUGGGAGCGAGAGGAUCCCCAGCCCCCGAAGGUGAAAGAGGAAGAGGGGGAACACUGGACCACUCAAGGGGGCGAGGGCCUCGUCGGGCCGCAGGGGGCCGAUCUGACCGUCGUCGCCGUGAAGACGGAAGAUGACGAGGAAGAUGAACCGCGAUGCGACCUCUUAGCUCCGCUGUCAGACAGCGACGACGCAACAUUGUGGUCCCCCGAGGCCGAAGGCAGGAAGGACGCCCGAGAACCCAUGAGCGGCGAGGCAAACCAUGCGGGUGAAGCGAGGACUUAUGCCGGCUGCAAACCAUCGGAAUUAACGGACAAGAAGGCAACUCUGGGCAGCAGCAACCAAACACAAGCCAGAUGUCGAACGGCUAAAAAAAGCUUUGGUCGCUCUGUUUGGGGGAAACGAUUCCCUCAGCAUCCCACUUUGGUGUUGCACACGGCGCCACACGCGGAAGGGAAGGCUUACAUUUGCUCUGUUUGUGGCGACGCCUUUUCUCGUAAGAGCAAUUUCACCCUCCACAUGAGAACGCACACCGGGGAAAAACCUUUUACUUGCCCAGUUUGCGGUAAGAGGUUCUCUCAAAAGUCCAACAUGGUGUCACACAUGAGGAUCCACACGGGGGAGAAACCUUUUACCUGCUCGCUUUGCGGCAAAGGCUUCUGUCAGAAGACAAACAUGCUGUCACACAUGAGAACCCACACAGGAGAGAGACCUUUUAUUUGCUCUAUUUGCGGCGAAACCUUCGUCCAGAAGGUUUCUUUGAUUGCUCACGAGAGAACACACACAGGAGAGAAAGCCUUUGAUUGUCCCGUCUGCGGUAAAAGCUAUUCCUAUAAGAAAACUUUAGCAGCGCACAUGCGGACGCACACUGGAGAGUAAACGCUAAAAUUCCAAAUUCCUUUUGGCGUUGUGUUCAAACGUCCCUGGGAAGCUCUUCCUGGCCCGUUUGUGCUACAAGGUUGUCCGAUCGGAGAAGUACACCCCCACAUUUGACGACCCCCCAACAAAGUAGUGUUGAUGAUAAAGAUGUUUGCUGUAACCAUGAUUAUUGCUAAUAAAGCUUCUACCAAUC